AACAAAUUACGUGAAUUUAGUUAAAAUAUAGUAAAUUGUUAAUAAAACAACUAACAUUAUGUCCAAAAUUAUUGUAAAUCAAUUGUCGCACCCACAAAAAGUACGUAUACUAUACAAAACAGUAUUGAGACUACACAGAGGUCUACCAGAUGAAUUACGCGAACUGGGAGAUAAAUACGUGAAAGAUGAGUUCCGGCGACAUUUAAAAUGCACACCAAUGGAGGCACAACUAUUUAUGACUGAAUGGGCGAAAUACGCUGUGACGAUAAGUCAACAAUUAGGUUUAAGAGGUAAACCUAAAGGCACUAUAGGCGAUGAAUUGGAUGCACAAACUGUGGAAAUGUUAAAGGAUGACCAGGCAGUGCAGCUUUACGAACUAAUGUUAGCCGCUAAAGGCAUAGAGGGUGAUGUUAUAACACCCGAUGAUAUUAAAAACAAAUAAAGUUUUAAUUACAUUUUAUAUA